AAUCGAUAUUAUCAACAAUUGUUUAUUAUUUCAUUAGUAAUUGUUCAUUAAUUUUUUUCUCAUUAAAAUCAACUUUAAAUCUUCAUUCCAAUCCUCAUAAUCAAAUCUUAAUUACUCUUGUUUUCAUCACCUCUCUAUCUCUCUCUCUUUAUAAAAUGCUGUCCAAAGUAUUGUUAGAUAACGAUAUCAUUCAAUUAAUUAAUAAUUCAAAUAUACCACUACAUUUAAAGACUCUUUUAAUAAGUAAAAACUACAUAUCAAUCAAUGAUUUAAUUAAACUAUUCCAAUUGAAUAACCACUCAAAUGACCAACUUAAAUUUAAAAUACUAUCCAACUUAUCUCUCAAAUUUAAGAAAAAACCUUCAAUCAAAAAAACCUCCUCUUUUAUAAAUCAUUCAAAUCGUUUGAAAAACUCCUUGCUAGAGAGAGAAUACCAAAUAUUAAUCAAAAACAAAAAUCUUAACGAAUCAAUUUAUAACAAAACUUCCAUCAUAAACCUAGAUUACAUCAACACCAUCGACAAUCCCAACACCACUUCUCCUUUUAAAUUCAACAUUCUAGCAAAGGAAAUCAAAAGUCAAUUGGUCACAAUUAUAAACAUCUUUGUAACUGUUGCUUCUGUAGCUUACUCAGUUUGGUACUGGACAAACACCUCCAGUGGCUUAAUCAACACCUCCUACAGAGUCCUAUUAUCUUUAUUCUUUUCUUUUUUAAUCCUAAUAGCUGAAGUUGUUGUCUAUAAUUCCUACUUGCGAAAAAUUAAUGAAUCAAAACAAAUUGAAAGAAAGAAAAAAGAAAUCAAAAAAAUCAUCCAGUCAACUGUUCUAUAAUUAUAUACAUAUAUAUAUAUAUACUAAACGACUUUAUUACCAUUAUUAUCAUUAUCAUUAUCAUCAUCAUUGUAUUUGAAAAAGUACUCAUCGUUAAUACUCUUAUACCGAACCCAGGGGAAUGAUUGAUAAUUCAACAACUCUUCAUCAAUUUUUAAAUAAUCAACCUUCAAUCCACUAUAUGUAAAGUUUUUAAUCUCAAACUUCAAUUGAAUCACUUUUUUGAAAUUCAAAUCUAAAUUAUACUCCUCAUUAAUCAACUUUUUCUUGAAAUUAGACACUGUAUUCAA